AUGGAGGGCCGAGUGCAGCUGAUCAAGGCCCUCCUGGCCUUACCCCUCAGGCACCGGAGGCCUCGCUGGAGGAACCCCAUCCCCUUCCCGGAGACGUUUGACGGCGACACCGACCGGCUCCCGGAGUUCAUCGUGCAGACGGGCGCCUACAUGCUGGUGGACGACACGCUGUUCUGCAGCGAUGCCCUGAAGGUGACAUUCCUCAUCACCCGCCUCACGGGGCCGGCCCUGCAGUGGGUGAUCCCCUACAUCAGGAAGGACAGCCCCCUGCUCAAGGAUUACCGGGGCUUCCUGGCCGAGAUGAAGCGGGUCUUUGGCUGGGUGGAGGACGAGGACUUCUAG